AUGAUGCCACAGCCGGUAUCCCGUCAGCUCCACUCCUGGGGAAUACAGGCGCAGCUGCAUCAAAUCCAUACACAGGAAGAUUCACAGCAGCGUUACGGAGCACCUCCGGAACUGGAGCAACCGGAGCAACCAGAGGGUAAGGGGGCCAAAAUCCUGGACCCAUCGCUGGAUCCCACGAGGACAGUCACAGCCUCCCUUUCACCUCACGGUGCACUGAUGCGCGAGGAACUUACCCUCGGGGGGUUUCAUACUUUGUUAGCUUGCGGACACAACGCUCCGGAUGCGCGAGAGGAACGGAGACACAACCAGAGGUGCAGCAAAGCGCGCGAGACGUCGGAGCCCGAGCCGGGGAGGCGGAGCCCGAGCCCGGGGGCGUGGCUCUUCGAUUGA